UUUCUAUUUUUUCAUUUUGAAAGUACUUAAAACUAACGUUAUGAAAAAACAAUUCGAUAUAUUUAAAUUUUUGGAAGAAUACGAGAAGUUUCAUUGUUUAUGGGAUAAAGAUAGCGCUGAUUUUAAAAUAAGAGCAAAAAGAGACAGUGCUGAAGAAUAUCUACUUAAGACUUUUAACAUAACUACUGUGAAAGAAUUAAGACAAAAAAUAAGAAGUAUAAGAUGCACUUAUAAUCAAGAAGUGUCAAAAAUCAAAUCAUCAAUUACAACCGGGUCAGGUUUAAAUACCGUAUAUAAACCAAAAUUGGUUUGGUUUGAAUUUGCAAACAGUUUUUUAAAAAAAACUCAUCAAAAUAAAAAUGAAACAUAUACUAAUUUAAAUGAUUCUACACUAUGUUCAUCAAUGAUAGUUGACUUAAAUUUAAGUCAAAUUGGAUUCGAUGCACCAAAUUCAGCCACAUCAUUGACUACAGUUAAUCGUUCUAAACCAAUAAAAAAAAAUUCUAAUACACUUGAUAAAACUUUAACAAACAAGGAUCUAUUAUGUGUUCACGAUCAUUUUAAACUUCCUGUACAGCAGGACGAUCGUUUUGAUAUUUUUGGGAAAAAUGUGGCUAUGAAGCUGCGUGAUCUGACUAAAGAACAGCGUAUUUUUGCUGAAAAUAUUAUUAACGAAGCUCUAUUCUUAGGUGAAAUGGAUACAUUGACUAUAGACCACAAAAUAUUAGGUUCUCCAUAUAAUUAAUGUCCACUAAUAACCACGAGUAACCGAGUACCAAAGUUAUGACAAUCAACAUUAAUUUCUUUGAAUAUUUUUUUUAUCCUUUAAAUUUAAUAAUAGGUCAAAUACAAGUAUAACCUCGAUCUUUUAUAACAUCUUGUAAUAUUGAAUAUACAUUAGUUUGCCAAC